AUGUCUGUAGCAAAGAAGGUCCCCAAGAACACAGUGGCUUCCAUCAUUCUUAAUGAAGUUUUGAACCACUGCCCGGCCAAACUGAGCAAUCGGGGGAGAAGGGCCUUGGUCAGGGGGGUGACCAAGAGUCCGAUGCACCUGUUCCUGAUUUUCCUUAGGAUCGUCUUCUUGCUGGGUUUCCUGGUUGUCGUGUUCAAGCUCUUGGCGGGCUAUGCCAUGUUCUACACCUUCCUAGCUCUGGUCAACCAGACCUCCAACGAGUGGUACAAGGGACGAAGGAAUUUAGGAACAACAGGUACCGGUAGUUGCACCCGUUUGAGCGGUCCCUUGAUAAAGAAAAUGCUCGAUUCUAUGGACAAUGUCCUCUUCGACUGUGAUGGUGUCAUCUGGCGAGGGGAUCAGGCCAUCCCUGGCACCCCUGACAUUAUCAAUCUGCUAAAGAAGAAUGGAAAGAAAGUGUUUUUCGUCACUAACAACAACACUAAAACUAGAAAGAUGUAUGCAGACAAACUGGCAUUGAUGGGAUUCAACGUGACAGAGGAUGAUGUGUUUGGAACGGCGUACUGCUCAGCAAUGUACCUCAAAAAGGUCUCCAAACUGCAUGGCAAAGUGUAUCUCAUGGGAAGCAAUGCAAUGAGGCAGGAACUAGAGAAGGUUGGGAUCCAGCAGACAGGUGUGGGGCCUGAUCCUAUAUCAGGUGUCCAGAUGGAUUGGGCCAACGUGCCACUGGACCCUGAGGUGAAGGCUGUGGUUGUUGGGUUUGAUGAACACUUCAGUUACAUGAAACUGAACAGAGCCCUGCAGUACCUCAACAAUCCUGACUGUCUACUGGUGGGAACCAACACUGACACCAGACUGCCCCUGGAAGAAGGCAAAGCUGUCCCAGGGACGGGCUGUAUCCUGAAGGCUGUGGAGACCGCAGCUCAGCGCCAGGCCCAGACUGUGAGCAAACCCAAACACAUCAUGUAUGACUGUGUGGCCAGCCAGUUCGGCUUGUACAGCGCCCGCUGCCUCAUGGUGGGGGACCGGCUGGACACGGACUUUCUUCUGGGGUCUGUGGCUGACGCUGAGGGCCAUCAGGAGAGUGGCUGUCCGGAGCGGCUGGGGCUGGUGCCUGACUACUACGUGAAGAUUAUUGCAGAACUCCUGCCUGCUCUACAAGGAUAACCAGUCUUAAUAGGUUUUAUCUCAGUGAGACUUGAGUCUGGUUGAUGACGGGUUAAAAUUGAUUAAUUAUAAAAGACUGUUAAGGACUAUGUGCGUCUGAAAUCCCUGUGUGUUUCUGGGUUCUGGAUGUGAAAAUUCAGGAAUAUAAGAGAAUCAACCGCUUCUAUAAUACUAAGACUUCAGGAAACAAACUACACUAAUGUAUACAAAUCUGUACUUUAAUCCACCAUCGAAACGAAAUCUCCAUGUAUUUAUGACGUUACGUGUUGCAGGCUGUGAUUCCAACACUAGUUGUCUAAUCAAAAAUGUAAGAAUGUUACCAUCACGCCAAACUGUAGUAGUGACUAAAUUUACCAUCAGGUGUAUUCUCGUUCUUACAUUUACCUCACCAUUAUUGGUUAUCAUUAACUAAUGUUUGUGGAAGUGACUCAAAAUGACACUGAACAAAAAUAUAAAUGCAACAUGUAAAGUGUAAGUCCUAAGUUUCAUGAGCUGUUAUGAAAGAUCACAGAUAUUUUCCAGAUGCACAAAACUUAUUUCUCUAAAAAUGUGCACAAAUUUGUUUACAUCCCUGUUAGUGAGCAUUUCUCCCUUGCCAAGAUAAUCCAUCCACCGGACAGGUGUGGUAUAUCAAGAAGCUGAUUAAAGAGCAUGAUCAUUACACAGUGGCACCUUGUGCUGGGGACAAUAAAAGGCCACUCUAAAAUGUACUGUUUUGUCACACAACGCCACAAAUGUCUGGUAUGUCCACCAGAGCUGUUGCAAAAUAAUUUAAUACUCUGAAAAUGUCCCAGUUCUUCAAUGGUCUACAUACUCACCAGACAUGUCACCCAUUGAGCAUGUGUGGGAUGCUCUGGAUCGACGUGUACGACAGUGUGUUCCAUUUCCCGCCAAUAUCCAGCAACUUCGCACAGCCAUUAAAGAGGAGUGGGACAACAUUCCACAGGCCACAAUCAACAGCCUGAUCAACUCUAUUUGAAGGAGAUGUGUCUCGCUGCAUGAGACAAAUUGUUUAAGGUAUCUGUAACUAACAGAUGGGGCGGCAGGUAGCCUAGUGGUUAGAGUGUUGGGCCAGUAACCAAAAGGUUGCUCGAUUGAAUCCCAGGGCUGACAAGGUAAAAAUCUGUUGUUCUGCCCCUGAACAAGGCAUUUAACCCACUAUUCCAAGGCCGUCAUUGUAAAUAAGAAUUUGUUCUUAACUGACUUGCUUAGUUGAAUAAAAAAUAAAUAAAAGAUACAUAUCAGUCAUGUGAAAUCCAUAGAUUAGGGCCUAAUUUAUUUAUUUAAAUUAACAGAUUUCCUUAUGAACUCAGUAAAAUAUUUGAAAUUGUUGCAUGUUGCGUUUAUAUUUUUGUUCAGUAUAGAUUGAAGUUAUUUUAACUACAGGGUGCUAUAGAUAUUCUGAAUAUAUAUUCAAGAUUUACAGCAGAUGUAGCUGACUCUUCCUGGAGCGCUACUGGGUGUGCAAGCCUUUGUUCCAGCCCUGCUGCAUUAUACCGCAUAGAUUCAGCAGCAAAAAAAGGAAACAAAUCGCAAGGCUGGAACAAAAACCUGCCCUACACAUCCAUUAGUUCUCCAGGGCGAGUUAGCCACUCCUGAUUUCCAGUGUUGAUAAAACAUUUUUUCAAAUGAGUUGUUCGGGAAAUGGCAGAGAAAGGUCUGUGCUGUGCGAAGAGGGAAAAGGGCAAGGCCUGUAUCCUUUGCUCAAUAUCCCUCUGUAGCAAUGAUCUCAAGCACAGUCAUGGGAAAUGUGGACGCACUCCCUCAUCUGUGUGCUAACAUUUGCAAUCACGUCACUAAAUAUUGAUCUAAGGCAGAGAGCUAUGCAGAAAUACAGAAUACUGGAGUGCACUGACAAUGAAUCAGGAAUGAUAUAUCUAAUGUUGUCCACUGUCAUGUUCCCUGUACCAAUGCUGAGUUUACAUUACCCAUUCCUCUGAGGGUGUAUACUUAAAAACUGGCUUAUACUCUUAUAUUGUAUCCUGAUGUAUUGUAAAUGUUAAGAUAUAACUACAUUUUAUUUGUUCCCAUUCGAUUUGAAGGUUAUGGGUUUGCACAAUAAUCAACUGUCUUGUUAAGUGUGUUUAUUGAAAUGUAAGUCUUAGUAACUUAGUGUCUAUAAUACAUUAAACACAUUGUCUGUACUGCCAAUACAAUAAUCAAACUAUUAUCCUCUGUCCUUGACAACAGUAUUCACCUUGACCCAAGUCAAACAAAAAAAU